AUGAAUACAAAAGUGACUGGAAAUAAAUAUAAGGUGCAUGAGAUGAAGCAAUGUGACUUUUACAACACAAAAAGCCUUAUUUCUGGAAAACAAAACUGGCUAAAAGACACUAAAGGAAACAAAAUUAAAUGGGCAAAAAUAAUGAAAGUGAAGGUAUCACGUUUUAAACCUCAUAUUCUACAAUUCAAGUAUAACUUCGAAGAAGAGUAUUUGGAACUAGGCACGGAGAUACUAUUGACUAGACCCAGGCGAGGGCGAAAAGCGACAGCCUCCAUUGCAGCAGAAGCUGAAUCUAUCGAUUUACAUUUGAAACAAGCUUAUGAUCAGCAAAUACUUAUAAGUAAAGCGCUACAUGUAGAUUUAUUAAGUUUGUGUACUAGUAAUGCCAUCCCACAGCAGUACCAUGCAUUUUAUGACUCUCUCACGAGCUGCGAAGGUAACCCGAGCGAACAUUCAGACUCUGAACUCUCUGAACAUUUAGACGACAAGGAGUAUACCUACCCAGCGUAA